UCCAUUGUAUUAGUACUGUUAAUUUUGUAACAGUCCACAACGUAGCGGCUGGUAUCUACCAGAAGUUGUUAUACAUAUCAACAUACUUUGAAGCAAGUAAGCAGACUUAAAAAGAAACGAUACGUAAGCAGCUGCAAAAUGAAAACUGUGAUUUGUUUACUUUUAUUCCAUUGCAUGAGAACUGUUUAUCUUGCAACAGUGCACAACGUUACAGGUGGUACAUAUCAAAAGAACAAACAAUUGGACUCGUUUGUCAUGCUAGCCUUCCCUCAUAUGGGACCACAGAUGUGUAUGAAGGAAUGUUUAAUGCAUACAAACUGCAAUGCAGUUAAUUUUGACAAGAAUAAUUAUAUAUGCCAGUUACUACAAGCUAACUAUCCAGGAGAUGCGCUUGAAAGUGUUGAUGGCAUAUUUUUCUCAGAAAAAGCCAAUUGGAACAAGGAUUUUGAUGCUUGUUGGCCAAACACCUGUCCGCCGGAUACCAAAUGCUAUGUUCUCUAUCCAGACGAAAGGUUCUGUCAUACAUACGCCACUCCGUGCGAUGACUACAAUAAUGAGUGUCAAAAUGGUGGAGCAUGCCGAAAUGUGGCAAAUGGGUUUGGUUGUCGCUGUGCAACGGGAUUCUAUGGAGAAUAUUGUGAAUCAACACCAUGUACAUCAUCCCCAUGUGUCCAUGGAAACUGUGACGUCAGUGGUUCAGGAUAUAUUUGUAACUGCUUAGACGGAUAUUACGGAGACACUUGUCAAAAUACUCCGUGUACGUCUGAUCCUUGUUUGAACAAUGGCGUUUGUUCUAUUUCCGGUUCAAAUUUUGCAUGCGGUUGUCAAGACGGCUACAGUGGACCAGUAUGCGAGAGUAAGUUUAUAGUGUUUGGUUUUCCUAACGGCUACCUCUUGUAG